CGAACGAAUAGCAGACGACACAUGAUUGUCGUGCGUGCUUGCUGGAAACUUUGCCCGGAAGCACGGUGUAGAUUUUCCACUAAUAAUAUUGCAUCUUUCUAGUACAUGAAAUAUUUGUUGUACCUCCAUGGUUGUAGUAUAGCCAAGAAUAUUACUUCUGAAGAAAAAUGGACGAGUUUGCUAGAAGAAAUUUGAAGGAUUUCUUGUCGAUGUACAACCAGUUUACUGAGCUUUGUUUCAACCACUGCAUCCAGAAUUUGAAUUACAGGCAUAUGAUACCAGAGGAGGUAGCGUGUGCCAAUCGAUGUGCUGAGAAGCUGGUCAACGUUAACCAUCGUCUGAUCACCACUUACAUGGAGAUCAAUCCUCUACACAAGCAAGCAGCAGCCCUGGAGGCAGCCCAGGCAGAAGCGACAUCAUCAGAUACUGCGGGGAAACCCCUCAAUCUAGCCGGCCAAGUGCAGCAAGUCUUUGGCCCAGACACUGUGGUGACCGAUGGUAGUGGUGCUGCUGUAUCGAUGGAUGGGAGCCAGACUACUGACGGACUAACUAGGGAAACACAUGAUGCUGCUUUAACUGAACAUGGUGCUGAUGUAUCACAGAGCAGCGAUGUUAACUUGGGAACAGAAACUGCAGCAUCAUAACACACGUGGGGAUUUUUUCCUUUACGUUGAUGGUGCCAACUGAAUUGGUUACAACCUCUUGAAGUUUCCCGUACGGCAUUAAGCUACGAAUAUGCAUCAGGUGGCCAGGGUUGAGGGGGGAUAGUAUUGGGAGUUGACUUGAACUAGUUCCUAAGGCGAAAUGCCCAUACACAUUUGCCCUGCGCGUUAAUCGUCACAUCAUCGCUUGGUAAAUAGCAAAACUAGCAGCUGAUAUUCUGAUGGUGAAUGUACUAGUACAUUGUAAGAAUGAUGAUGAUGAUGUUGAACCAUCUGAAUGGACUACACCUUGGUCAAUCCCCAUACUUUGGUAUAAUCGUCUACACUGGGCAUUGCCUGAGCGAGUAUUUGAUAGGACAUUAAAAUACACAGCUGUGUAAAAAUGAAAAACAGACUUCCCCAA